AUGUCUAGUGAUUCAGUAUCAACAAAAUCAAGGAUGACAUCUCAACCACCUGUCAGCAGUGAACCAAAAUCAUCAGACAAUGAAAAUAAACGUUUUGAAGUUGUUGAACGUGGUCAAUUACAUACAUUGAAUUAUCGUUGUUAUUUUAAAGAUUUACAAACACAACAAUUUGUAUCACCAUUUCAUGAUAUUCCAUUAAUAAAUAAAGAACAUACAUCAAAAGGAAAUACUGCUGUUUAUAAUAUGAUCGUUGAAGUACCACGAUGGACAAAUGCAAAAAUGGAAAUUAACAAACAGUUGAAAUUAAAUCCAAUUGUACAAGAUAUUAAAAAUGGUAAACCACGUUUUGUUCACAAUAUUUUUCCUUAUCAUGGUUAUCUAUGGAAUUAUGGUGCAUUACCACAAACCUGGGAAGAUCCCAAUCAUGUGGAUAGUGAUACUCAAACAACAGGUGAUAAUGAUCCAUUAGAUGUUUGUGAAAUUGGUACAAAAUUACAUAGUACUGGUUCCAUCAUUCCAGUAAAAAUUGUCGGUGUCUUAGGUCUAAUUGAUGAAGGUGAAACUGAUUGGAAAUUAAUUGGUAUUGAUAUUAAUGAUAAAUUAGCACCAAAAAUCAACGAUAUACAAGAUGUUGAACAACACUUGCCUGGUUUAUUAGAAGCCACGCAUAAUUGGUUCAAAUAUUACAAGGUACCAACUGGAAAACCACCAAAUAAAUUUGCAUUAUAUGAGCAAUAUGGUGAUAGAAGAUAUGCACUAAAAGUUAUUGAAGAAACAAGAAAAUAUUGGUUAAAGUUAGCUAAUGGUGAAACAAAAGUAGAACAGAAAAUUUGUUCAAUUGUUAAUACGACACUGAAUAAUAAUGGUACCAUACAACAGAAGGAAGCAGAACAAAUUGUUGAUGAAAAUGAACAAUAUAAAGAAGCAGCUGCAGUUGAUGUAACUGUUCAUGACUUAUCUUACAUUGAUCAAAAAAGAAUGUAUAACUAG